AUGGCGACGACUUCCACUAUUUACCUCCCAGCCGAAAUACGCUUAAUGGUCGUUGGACAUCUUCUGGCUGAUGACGCAUACGACGCAAAUGAUCGAGGAAUGCAUGAACGGCAACGGGACCUCUGGAAUCUUUGCCUCGUUUCGUUCGGAUGGUAUGAGGCCGCAAUCAAGGCUCUCUACGUUGCUCCUCAACUUUGGCGAGGCAACAAGUUCACCUUGUUUAUGAAAACAGUGUGUCCGUCUCGAGCGAUUCAAAAUCAACAAAGAAGGGGACACAUUCGAACGCCGGACUUUGGUUCAUGGGUGGAGGACCUCAACAUGAGCCGACUUGUGCAUCAGAGCUCGAACAGCCAAACCGCGCGGCUCUUGGGUAAUGUGAAGAAGAGUUUGACUUCAUUCACAGCUCCACAGAUGGGCAUCGCAGUCAACUGCCUGGGAAUAAUUGCUAAAUGUCAGAGAUUAAAGCAUCUCGACAUGAGCUUAGUCCCUGGCUCGGUCUUCGGUUUCCCACGCCUCAAGCAACUCGUGCACAAGUUGCCGGAGCUUCAGACUCUCCACUUGCCAAGGAGCAUGGCCCUCACCCGCACCACCCAGGAAGAUGGGCGCUGGCCUUCGAAGCUGUCUACCAUGUCUCUCGGUGGCUCCAUGGAUGCCGAGCUCAUGCUGGAUUUUGAAUGGCCCCCAAGUCUCUCGCGGCUUGUGCUCCGGCACUGCAUCUCCUUCGAUACGCCGGUGAUGGAGGAUCUCCUUUCUCACGACCACCUCUGCACACAUCUCCAGGCUCUCACCCUUGGACGGAGCAAUCUCGAGAUGUUCGAGAACGGCAUGGGCUCUGAGAUUCUGUACGAGCUCCAGCAGCUGACAUAUCUGAAGCUGCCCUGGGACCUCCUGCCGUACUUGUUUAUGGUCCCACCCAAUGUCCCUGACGUUGCAGACGAGGAAGGCGAACUUCCGAUACUGCCCCUGCGAGUCCUCGAGAUCACCAAGGAGUAUUUCUCAGAUCACGAUGCCGAGCUCGAUUUCUCCUUCGCGCUCUCGAGGGCAUUGGACGAGAAUCUUCGCAACCUGUUGGCUCUUGGAAUAGAACGAAGCUGUCGUCCCCUCCUUGAAAGUCGGUUUCAAGAGCUCGACGUGAAGAUCUGGGACCAUGUCUCGUCCAUACCCGACAGUGAGCUCAUGAACUCGGGCAUCGAUGAUCUGGGAAUCUACUUCAUCGAGGAGGACCCCGAGUAG